UAGUAUUACAGACGGUGACGUCCAGACGAGUCUAGGCUUGCUGCCAGGAGUUGCAAUGGAAGAUACCGGGCGAUACUGGCCUGAAAAGGGCAAAAAGACGAAUGAGGAAAUUGUCUUCUUCGACGCGAAGGCCCUUGCUGAAAAGAGGGCCAUGGAUACGGAGAAUGUGUACAAUAUUACACAGCUUCCUCCGCCAUCGCCCGACAUCUCUCUGAGGGAGAUAAAACGACGAAACUCGAAAAUAAAACGGGUUCAACAAGAGGAGAAAGAAAUGUCCAGACAGAUGGAGCAGCGCUUGCAGGACAUCUCCAACAUAUAUCGGGUCGCCAUACCUUCUAUGUCCGAGAGUUACAGCAAGCUUCCAAGUGGAAGUUCCGUCAGUCACCUGCCGCCGUUGUCGCCAAGCGGCAGAAUGGUUUCGGCUUCUUACCUCCAGACGCGACCUCCAAAGGUUGCCGUUAAUCCCCAGUUAGAUAAAGGUUCUAUGUUCCGGGCAACAAUGGCGGGACGCACUCGCACGUCCAGUUCUUACCGGGAAUUCGUCGGUCGUCUCUCCUACCUAAUCAACCAAAGUAGAGAAAAAAUGACCAAGCUGUACGGAAGCUCAGAUUUGUCACUGGUCAUGGAAUUUCUAGGGAAGGAGUCCCCUGAUCACUGCGUGUAUCUCGACUCUAGUCCCAGCGACAAAAUGGCAGCGUUCCGUCAGCAGCAGUUUUGUAUCAAUACCACAGUAAGAAAAAUACUUCAUAAUGAAGCCAAGAAAAAAGGGCGUGCUCCUCAUUCGAUAAAGUAG